CCGGGGCGCAGCCCCCGCGGCGGGCGCGGGCGGCGGUGCGGGGAGUGCAGGAGCACGGGCCUAAAGCCCGGCAGGAGCAGGGCCUGAGCCGGCGGGCGCAGCAGGAGCGGGGCGGGGGGUGGCGGCGCGAAGGGAGCCCCCCGGCCCGUGCCCGCUGGUGGGUGCGGCGAGGCCGGCAGGAGGAGGGGGAGGCCCGCGGCGGCGUGCAGGAGGAGGGCGAGCUCUACCGAGGCGAGCAGGAGCACCCCGGCAGCACCCUCGGCCCGCGGACCCCGGCCCAGCGCCAGAGCCGCAGGAGGGCCGCCCGGGUGUGAGGCCGGACCCGGUGCCCCGUGCCCACCGCCCCAGGGGGACGCUCCCCGGGACCCCCCUCCCCCGGCAGUUGCAGAUCGGCGCCUCGGCCGUGGGUCGCGCAUCCCGGCCGGCAUGCCGGCCCGCCGGAGCAUCGCCCUGCCCGGCCUCUCCCUGCGGUGACGCUGCGAACCCGGCGCAGGAUGCGGCGGCAGUGCCGGUGAGCACAGAGGGGGACGCCGUGGCCGGUGUCACCGCAGCCCCGCCAGCCCCAUGGCCGAGCCCUGAUGCCAUGCCCCCCGGCACACCCCCUGGCACACCUCCUGGCUCGCUGUAACGCCGGGGCUGGCACUGCCGAGGGACCCCCGCAGCUGUGCCGCCGCCGCAGCCCAGAGGCUGAGCUGUAGCAUGCAGGCAGAGGAGGGCACAGACUGGCUGCUGGAGCUGCUCACUGAGCUGCAGCUGCAGCAGUACUUCCUGCGCAUCCGGGACGAGCUCAACGUCACCCGCCUCUCCCACUUCGAGUACGUCAAAAAUGAGGAUCUGGAGAAGAUUGGCAUGGGACGCCCCGGCCAGCGGCGGCUGUGGGAGGCGGUGAAGCGGAGGAAAGCCAUGUGCAAGCGGAAAUCCUGGAUGAGCAAGGUGUUCAGCGGGAAGCGCCCCGAGUCCGAGCUGCCGCCGCAGCCGCAGAGCACCUUCCGCAAGGCCCCGACGCCGCCACCGCCCGAGGCCGGGGGCCAGCACUCCCUCACCUGCCUCGUGCGGGAGCGGGACCUCUCGCUCUUCGAGAAGCUGGGUGACGGCUCCUUCGGUGUAGUGCGCCGCGGCGAGUGGUGCACGCCUGCCGGCAAGACGCUGAAUGUGGCGGUCAAGUGCCUCAAGACAGAUGUGUUGAGCCAGCCGGAGGCGCUGGAUGACUUCAUCCGGGAGGUGAACGCCAUGCACUCCCUGGACCACAAGAACCUCAUCCGCCUCUAUGGCGUGGUGCUCUCCCACCCCAUGAAGAUGGUGACAGAGCUGGCCCCGCUGGGCUCCCUCCUGGACCGCCUGCGGAAGAACCAGGGCCAUUUCCUCAUCUCCACCCUCUGCCAGUACGCCAUCCAGGUGGCCAAGGGCAUGGCCUACCUGGAGUCCAAGCGCUUCAUCCAUCGCGACCUGGCCGCCCGCAACAUCCUUCUGGCCUCCAACGAGCUGGUCAAGAUCGGGGACUUUGGGCUGAUGCGAGCCCUGCCCAAGAAUGACGACCACUACGUGAUGCAGGAACACCGCAAAGUCCCCUUCGCCUGGUGUGCUCCCGAAAGCCUGAAGACACGCACCUUCUCCCAUGCCAGUGAUACCUGGAUGUUUGGGGUGACCCUCUGGGAGAUGUUCACCUAUGGGCAGGAGCCUUGGAUCGGCCUCAAUGGCAGCCAGAUCCUGCACAAGAUAGACAAGGAGGGUGAGAGGCUGCCACGGCCUGAGGACUGUCCCCAGGAUGUCUACAAUGUCAUGCUGCAGUGCUGGGCACACAAGCCUGAGGACCGACCCACCUUCGUGGCUCUGCGGGACUUCUUGGUGGAGGCUCAGCCCACUGACAUGAGGGCGCUGCAGGACUUUGAGGAGCCCGACAAGCUGCACAUCCAGAUGAACGACAUCAUCACAGUCAUCGAGGGCAGGGCUGAGAUUUACUGGUGGCGGGGUCAGAACAAACGGACCCUAAAAGUGGGCCAGUUCCCCCGAAACACGGUGACCUCUGUGGCGGGGCUGUCAGCCCACGACAUCAGCCAGCCGCUUAAAAACAGCUUCAUCCACACAGGCCAUGGAGACACCAACCCGCAGCACUGCUGGGGGUUUCCCGAUAAAAUUGAUGAGCUGUACCUGGGAAAUCCCAUGGACCCUCCUGACAUUUUAGGUGUGGACCCAAGCGCUGCCAGACCCACCCAGCUUCCAGGCAGGGCUAAAAGGCAGCCGCCUCCACGCCCGCCUCAGCCUUCCGUCUUGCUCACCAAGCCCUUCUACGACCCAGUCAGUGAGGAGGAGGAGGGUCUGCCAGGGGGCCUCCGGAAGCUCUGCCUGAAGAAGCCGGGCACAGGGAAGGGUCUGCGACCGGUCAAGCCCUCAGCACGGGUGCCGGGCACCAAGGUGGGCGAGCGGCAAUCCGGCCGGGCAGCGGGCGAGGGACCGGCAGGCAGCGAGGUGACCCUCAUCGAUUUUGGGGAGGAAGUGCCUCAAGGUAGCCCAUCGCCAGUGGGGGAGCUGACGGCCCCGUCAUUGGUCAAGCUGGCCAUGGAGGCCUUCUCCUUGCUGGACAAGACCCCUCCGCAGAGCCCCACGCGGGCUCUACCCCGGCCCCUCCACCCCACGCCAGUGGUGGACUGGGACGCCCGCCCCUUGCCCCCACCGCCUGCCUACGAUGACGUAGCGCAGGACGAGGACGACUUCGAGGUCUGCUCCAUCACCAGCCCCCCAAGCCGGCGGGGCAAGACCAACUAUGGCUUCGUGGAUGAGGGUGAGCGGGGACCAGUGUUGGAGGACAACCUCUUCCUGCCCCCUAAGGAGACCAAGCAGCCCAGCCUGACGCAGACCACCGAGCUCUUUGAGGAGCUGCAGCAAGAGUGCAUGAAGAGACUCAACGUCCCUUUGGGACAGGCUGCCCCCACUGAUGACAAGCCCCAAAUCCCACCCCGCGUCCCCAUCCCGCCCCGGCCCCUGCGCCGCAAUGAGCCCGGGCGCUGGUCAGGGGAGCUUUCCCCGGCCUCGGGGGGCGAGGAGGACCGGCCGCCCCAGAUUCCCCCCCGGGACCCACUGUCACAGCCCACCUCGCGGACACCCAGCCCCAUGGCCCUGCAGGUGGGCUCUCCCCAGCAACGUGCCACCCUCUGCUCCUGCCUCUCCACCUCGCCAGGGAAGCCCAUGCCCACCACGCAGAGCUUUGCCCUUGACCCCAAGUACGCCACCCCCAAGGUCAUCCAGGCGCAGGGCAAGGACUGCUCCAAGGGACCCUGUAUCCUGCCCAUCGUGAAGGACGGGCAGAAGGUCAGCAGCACGCACUACUACCUGCUGCCCGAGCGUCCUGCCUACCUGGACAAGUAUGAGAAGUUUUUCAAGGAGGCCAAAAGCCCCGAGGAGGUGCCGACAUCCCGCCUGGUCACCACAGCCACCGUCCGCCCCAUGGUGCAGCAGCCGCCGCCGGACUGCAAAGCCAACUUCUCCUCCAACAACAGCAACCCCGGGCCCAAGUGCCUGGUGAAAGCCUCCUGCAGCCUCCAGAAGAUCGUCUACGACGGGCUGGAUGGCUGCCGCCCCGCUGACAAGAUCCGGCUGGUGCAGGAUACGGUGCACGGUGUGACCACCGAGGAGUGCCAGGCAGCCCUGCAGAACCAUGGCUGGAGCGUCCAACGAGCCAUCCAGUACCUGAAGGUGGAGCAGCUCUUCUGCCUGGGGCUAAAGUCCCGCGUCGAGUGCCACCGGGUGCUGGAGAUGUUCGACUGGAACCUGGCCCAGGCCAGCUCCCACCUCCUCGACCCCUACAGCACCGCCCGCCAGAAGCGGUGACAGUGGGCCCGGGGUGAGCUGUGUCGGAUCCAGAGCAGCAUCUCGCCGUGGGGCCACUCCUGCAGUGCCCACUCCCACCCAUACAACCUGCUGCUGGACUCUGGACUGAGCAUCCCUGCCUUGGGGGACAGGGACACCCCAAAAGGGAGCCUGCCUAGCGCCCCAGGCCUGCCACGGUGUCUGCACCCUGACUUUUGGCGAUGGGCUCCAUCCCCUGGCUCCUUGUUGAAUUGUUUUUGUAAAGAGAAAUGUAAUUUUAAUAUAUAUAUUAUAUAUAUAUAUAAAGAAAGUAUUCUAUGGA